GCGCGGCCCGGCGGCUGGCAGCCGGCGCGCGGGCGCGGGGCGAGCGCGGGGCGAGCGCGGGCUGCGAUAUGGGGCCCCCGGAGAGCUCCGGAGACGCAGCUGACUUGGAAGUGUCCGGGCUGCGGCUGACGGACCACGCGCCGCCCCCGGAGGUGGACGACGGGCGGGUGGACGCCGAGGCGGCGGCGGACACCCCCGGGCGCCGCAGGUGCUGGCUCUGCGGUUCCGUGCGGUGCGGCUCGAGCGCGGAGCCCGAAGCCAAGAAGAAAGCACCCUGUCCUGGACUUGGCUUGUUUUACACAUUAUUGUCUGCCUUCCUUUUCUCAGUGGCCUCUUUAUUUGUUAAAAAAGUGCAAGACGUCCAUGCUGUAGAAAUUAGUGCAUUUCGAUGUGUGUUCCAAAUGCUAGUUAUUAUCCCUUGCUUAAUAUACAGAAAAUCUGGUUUUAUAGGCCCAAAAGAUCAGCAACUUUUCCUCCUUCUCAGAGGAGUGCUUGGUUCUACUGCCAUGAUCCUUAUGUACUAUGCUUUCCAGACAACAUCCCUCGCAGAUGCCACAGUCAUCGCCUUUAGCUGUCCAGUGUUUACGUCGCUAUUUGCUUGCAUAUUUCUCAAGGAAAAGUAUAGCCUUUGGGAUGCUUUCUUCACCUUGUUCGCCAUCACUGGAGUGAUCCUUAUUGUGAGGCCGCCAUUUUUGUUUGGUUCCAGUACUGCAGGGGUAGAAAAAAACUACUCUGUCCACCUUAAAGGGACCUUUGCAGCCAUUGGACAUGCUGUGCUGGCGGCGAUGACUAUAGUUAUCCUGAGGAAAAUGGGAAAAUCUGUGGACUACUUUCUCAGCAUUUGGUAUUAUGUCAUCCUUGGCCUUCUUGAAAGCAUCAUUGUCCUCUUUAUACUUGGGGAGUGGAGUCUUCCUCACUGUGGGCUGGACAGAUUGUUUCUCAUAUUAAUCGGGCUCCUAGGUUUGGGGGGUCAGAUAUUUAUGACAAAAGCACUUCAAAUAGAAAAAGCAGGACCCGUAGCAAUGACGAAGACAAUGGAUGUGGUCUUUGCUUUUAUCUUUCAGAUUAUUUUCUUCAAUGAUGUGCCCACCUGGUGGACAGUGGGUGGCGCUCUCUGUGUCGUAGCCAGUAGUACUGGAGCAGCUCUUCGGAAAUGGCUCCAGAGUUCCAAAUGAAUCAUCAUGGUUGAGAUAUAGAGAUUUUUUUUUUCCCAAGUACACCAUCACUCAGUUUAGACACAUCACGCAUGGACAUAUGCGCGCACACACACACAUACACACACACAAACCUACACACCUGAAAAGUCUGCAUUUAUUCGUUGAUGUUUGAUAAAUUUUAUAAGCUAUCAUUUUUAAUGUGUAUGUUUAAUUAGAAUAGCCAGUCUGUUUGAUCUGGCAAAUUUUUGGGGUAGCUUUUGGUUUUGCUUUGGUUUUCUUUUGUUGUUGUGAGGCAUAAGCAAGAGAAGAGCUCAUCUGAAGAAUGCAACAUUUUUUAUGACUCUAAUAUACAUAAUUUUUAAUGUAUUUUUUGGUAUAGAUGAGAUAUGGGUAUGGGAAAUUUUACAUAUUCUUUUUUUCUUUUAUUAUUAUUU